GUGAGCUACCACACCCAGUUAAGCAGGAACUCAGGAAACCUUGUUGUGGAGAUUUGGUUGUGGAUACUGGCUAUAGAGUUAAUUCAAUCUUCCAUCCAUUUAAAUACUGCUAUUUACAGAGCUCACCUACAUCAAGAAUUAGGAAAAUCAACAAAGGAGGAAGUGGGCGUGGUCUUUAGAAAGUAUAUAAGGACACUCCAGGGACCAGCCUGGUUCGUUCUUGUCUAGACCAGGCAGAGUGUGCUUCCAUAUCUUCUGGCUCCUAGACUGCUAGAUCUAUUGCCUCCACACAUUGAGGAUCAUACCCCAGAGCUGAGCUAAUAUUGCUGUGUCUCCACUAAACACUGCUGAGGCCAGUGACAAUUCCUUGGAGAAAUGGAGUCAGACAUCUCACAAGCCUUCCAGAAAGAACUCACCUGCUUCCUCUGCCUGAGCUGCCUGACAGACCCAGUCACCAUAAGCUGUGGCCACAGCUUCUGUCGAGCCUGCCUCCUCCUUUUCUGGAAAGACAUCCAACCUCCUGUCCAAUGUCCUAUGUGUAGGGAACCAUCCCAGAAGAAGGACUUGACAACCAACAUUGUUCUGAAGAAGCUGGUGUUCAUUGCCAGAAAAUCCAGCCUCAUGAAGGACCUGAGCUCUGAGGAGCAAAAGUGUGUGACCCACAAGGAUACUAAGAGGAUCUUCUGUGCUGAGAAGAGGAUCUUCCUCUGCCAACUCUGCUCUAACUCCCAUGAGCACAGAGGACACAGACACUGUCCCAUUGAAGCAGCUGCUGAGGAUCAAAUUGAAAGACUCUUGAAGCAAAUGGCAUCUAUAUGGGAGAAAAUCCAAGAAAAUCAAGAGAAUUUAGAGGCAGAGAACAGAAUGACAACUCUGUGGAUGGACUACUUAACACUUCGAGAAGAAAUAACCAGGACAGAGUACAGGACUCUGCAUCCACUCCUCUGUGAAGAGGAAGAGAAACACAUUGAGUCUAUGAGAAAAGAAAGCCAAUGUGUUUUAGAGAAACUCAGGACAAGUGAAGCCAUGAUGGUCCAAAAGAGCAAAGAACUAAGAGAAAUGUUUCAAGAGCUCAUGGCAAUGUCUCAGAAGCCAUAUGUGGUCCUUCUGCAGAGUUUGAACAACAUGUUCAGAAGGAGUGAGUCAAUGCAGCUGAGCAUGCCGCAGGCUAUUAAGCCAGAACUCAAUGCCCUACCCAUCACUGGACUGACUGAAAGUUACAGGAAGUUCCAAGUGCAAAUUUUCUUUGAAAACUUAACCAUUAUCCAUCACAAGAUAAACGUCUUUAAUGCCAUGAGAAGAUUCAGCUUCAGACCUCACCAUAAAGAUACAUCUGUGGAUUCUGCUGGAUGCUAUUAUGCUUCUUGGGGACCUCAGAGCCACAUCUCGGGGAAAUAUUACUGGGAGAUUGAUUUGAAGGACUCUUGGGACUGGGCUGUAGGGGUCUGUAAGGACUCCUUGCUAAUGAAUAGAAGCCAAGUGAUUGAACCUGAAGGUGCAUUUCUUCUUGUGUGUGUGAAGGAGGGUAAUCAUUACAGUCUCUUCACCACAUGCCCAGUCUUCCAGCACUAUAUAGAGAAGCCACUGGGCCGAGUUGGUGUGUUCCUUGAUUGUGAAGAGGGAUGUUUAAGUUUCCUGAAUGUUGCCAAGUGUUCCCUCAUAUAUAAGUACCCUCCUGGCACCUUCAAACAUCCUGUCUGGCCUUAUUUCUCUACGGGGGAAAUCUGA